UGAAGACAGCGCAACCUGAGCCGAAAUGACGCAAUUGCUGGUAAUCAUGAUGAGAAUUAUGAGGUCGAGGGUUUGGCCAAGUGCUGGAGUAAGUGGCUUUUUUUUAUACCUCGGGUAUGCAUUGAGAGUUCUCGAUGGUGUGAAGCCGGGUGGCCAUAUCACCAUCCCAAGAGCCCUUCAAUGCUCGACAUGAAGUCUUAGCAGGCGUGUCCUACCUCAACAUCGCAAGAGUGAGGAAAACAGUUAGGGAGGGAUUGCUACUCAAUGCGCUUGCACAGCA